UCUUCAUACGACAAACACUCGGUUCGCCAUCAUACACAUACCGGUUCACCCGAACACAACACACACACACACACACACAAGAUGUCCGCGUUCAGAUUGCCGCUUGCCGUUUGCGUGACCGCGUUCGGUCUCGUCGCCGUCGCUGUCGCCGUACCCAUGCAACAAGAUGCGUCGGCCCAAACGGCGCAGCUGGAAGACACCGUGUUCGGUUUCGGCAAAGUCCUGUGGUCCGUGUUCGACGAUUGCUUCGGCGGCGAAUCGUCCGAAAGGCCUACGGUGUGCCUGAAAGGCCGGGCGUUGACAGCGCUCGACCGGGCCCUGAGCAAGCCGACGGUGAACAUCGUGGACGGCGUGGCACUGACCGCCCGCACCGGUAAGUCCGUGGCCGAUCCGCACGACGAGGAAAAGGACCGCGCCGCCCUGGACGCCACCAAGGACGCCGACCAGAAGGAUGCGCUGCUCGACGAUAUGAUUGCCAACCGCGUGGACAGACUAAUGGCCACCAGGACCAUUGUGUUGGACGGGCUCCUCGGCCAAGAAGGACGCAAAAAGAAGGACAAGGGCAUGCAACAAGCCAUGAUGAUGGCCGGUAUGAUGGCCGCUGCGAUCAUGGGACCUAUGGCUUUCAAAAUGGUCGCCCUUAUGGCCGGCAAAGCUCUGUUAAUCAGCAAGAUCGCUUUGGUGCUGUCCGGCAUAAUCGCCCUCAAGAAACUGUUGCAGCCCCAACAGAGCCACGAGUCCGAGUCCGUGUCCCAUCAUUACGGCCGCAGUCUGCAGUUGGACUCAACAGCAGCUCACAAAAUGGCCUUUUCGGCUCAACAAACACAACAGCAGUAAACAUCCGUCGAGACGUCCGCCGUUUAACUUAAACAACGACUUAAUAAUUUAUUAAUUUAUUCUUAUUUAUUUGAUUCCUAUUAUUUAUUUUAUAUAUUUAAUAAUUACACGGCGUGUGACUUUCGAACGCGUUCGCAACAAUUUUUCGUUUAAGUUAUAUUUUUUUUUUUUUAGAUAAUUUUUAACAAAGUGAUUUAUAUGAUUUAAUAUGUUUUUUUUUUAAUGAUAAAGUACUUAAUAAAUAGUUUUGAGCACAACGCUCAAGUGCAUAAAAAAAAUUCGAUCAAGUUGUUUUAUUUUAAUUAAUUUAUGUUCUCUCUAACGUUUUUUUUUUAUAUAUAUAAUUACCUACCAGCUACUGUAUUGAUAAUGGUAACAAAGAGUUUACGGAUGGAAUAUGGUAUCUACUCUGGCGCAUAAUUAUAUGCUACCCAACGAACAUACAAACCACUUAUGGCCUACAUUCGACAAAUGGGUACGCACGAUGGUAUAAAUAAUACCUAUAUAGGUAUGCUCUUUAAUAUCAUGUUAAUUUAAUAGACAUGUUCACUCAUUUGAUCUUGGUGUAUAGGUACAUAAUGUUUUUAAAGUAUAUAAAUUACAUGAGUUUUUUGGCAAGAAGACAUCGGAAUUCUAUAAGAACUCUUCUAAUUUGUACACUUUUUUUUUAAAUAUGUGAUGAUGUCUAAACUCGCACCUAAAUUAAAAUCCAUUUUGGAUAGCUAUGAGCUAUAAUACCAAAAACAAUAACCAUUAGGCAAACCUAGACAUUUUAUAUUUGAAUAACAAUUAAUUGAAAAUG